AUGAACUCUGCUUCUUCUGCUCAAAGCCCUGUCCGAACUGCUCCUCAGAGCUUCGACAGUCUGGCAAACGCGCCCCUUCGGAUCGAGAUCCGUCGCCCACUGGGUUAGUUUAUUUUUCACUUUGAUUUUCAUACUAAAUAUUCAUUUUCGAUUCAUUUCUAAAAAUGUCGUACUUGCAGACAUCACCACCAGAACCCGCAGAAGUCUCGACUUCAACGCUCUGAGCCCAGUUCGACAUACUCCAGCUCCUCAAGUGUUCGACAGCCUGACAAAUGCGCCACUACGCGAAAACAUCCGACGUUCUUUGGGUUAGUUUUUGUACUUUUAGCAUUUUCUAACCUUUCUUUCAUUUUGCAGACACCACAACCAGAACUCGCAGAAGCCUCGACUUUUCGCUCGACCUCGCUCUACCGAAGUCUGUCAAGCCUGUUCCGGAAGCUCCAGCUGGCAUCCUGAAGACUCCAACUCGCAGCAAGACCUCUUCGAAGGCCGCCAAACGUGUGACUUGGGCUCCGAUUCGUAAGACACGCGAAAACCGGAAGACUCGCCGUUCCUCAGGUACAUUUUCUGUCGAUUUCAACUAAUGGAAUAUGUGUCUCAGAAUCAGCCUUCCGCGCUCCUGAAGCUUCUUCUGGGAUUCUGAAGACUCCGCCUCGCAGCAAGAUGUCUCCGAAAGCCUCGAAACGUGUGACUUGGGCUCCGAUCCGCAAGACUCGGGAAAAUCGAAAGAGUCGCCGUUCUUCAGGUAAAUUUUCAACCUCAUCUGACUUCAACUAAUGGGAUUCUCCUUUCAGAAUCUGUCCAGCUUCCGGCUCUUUCUCUCGCGAACUGGAACCCGAAUGCCAUGAAGUCGUUGGUCGUGAAGCUCCUCGAGACACCUUCUCGUCCAGUUCCCCGAAACUGAUCAUCUCCAACCCGUAA